GUGGUUAUUGUACAUGCUGACUAUCCAGGUACUAGGUACUCCGUCUGCAGCAGCCGAUCUAGGCUUAAAGUAUUAGUAAACAUGACAGUGCUGACAAUUAAAAAUAUACAGCGCAUUCCGCGCUCAGCUCAAAUAUCUGCAAAACGCACAUUCCAGUGGCCUUGGAAAACUAAACAUAUCAAGGCAGUCCAUAAUUCUUCUCGGAAACAUCCAAUGCAGCGUAGGAAUACCACAAUUACAAACCGGUUUAUUCCGUAUAAUAAGAAUAAUAAAAUAAUACUCUACAACUGACGUCAGACGACCAGG